AAUGCAUGCUUGUUGCCGCCCCUCGAGUUAGGCCAUUACAUUGCUCUUUGCCAGACCCUUAAUCAGGGUCUGGAUUUUCCAGGCUACCAGGAAGGCAGACACCGCAAAAAAAAGAUCAUAUUUGGCCAAGAGGAAGCUGAGAAGGGGCAAAACCAGCGCGUCGAGUCCUGAACCUGUUUCGGUUGUUUGGUUUUCACUGACAAAGUGGAGCUAUUGCAUGUUUCAGCACUAACACUGAAGACACAGUGCUCAUCACACUGUAUCAGCGUGCAAACAAUGCAGAGCCUCACUUACCUCUUCGCAAUUGUGUCAACUGUCAACUCAGGUUCACAUUCUUUGUGGACAUUACAAACAUUUAUAAUAGGAGAGACACCAUUCCCACAAUACAGUUUUGUGGUGAAGGUCGAUGACGUUGAAAUUGGAUACCACGUUAUGACACACAACACGUCAACAAAUGUUUACAAAAUACCUGGAGCUUAUGAUGAAGAUUCACGAUACGGAAACAUAUAUCGUAGAAUCAUGCAAGACGAAUACAAGACUGUGAAAGAGAAAGCGCUAGCUUUAAACCGCCAUUUUAAUCAUUCAGAUGGAGUUCAUGUUCACCAAAGACAAGCAGGAUGUCAGGUGAUGGACAACGGGCAGGCGCUAACAUUUUCACAUGAUGCCUUUGAUGGGGAAAAGGGAGAAGAGUAUUCCUAUAAUGCCAAGACAAACACAGUGCAACCUAACCGGUACUGGCCAGCACUGUCACAGAAAAUGAAGCAUGAUGAAAUCUUCACCUUGUUCCAUGCAAGUGUUUCUCAUCAAAUGUGUGUAGCCACAUUGAAAUACUUCCUAUCAACACUGAAGAACAUUGUGAUGAGGAAAGUGAAGCCCAGAGUCAGGAUCCUCCAGAAGACACUCCCAGACUCUGGAGGGGUCAAAGUGACCUGCCUGGCCACUGGUUUCUACCCCCGUCACAUAAACCUGACCCUGCUCAGAGACGGCCAGCCUGUGUCUGACCACCAGACCACUGGGGGGGAGCUGCUACCUAAUGGAGAUGAGACGUACCAGAUGAGGAAGAGCCUAGAGGUCAGUGCAGAGGAACUACAGCAUAACCACUACACCUGCACAGCUGAACACCUCAGCCUGGACAACAAGCUGGACUUUGGAUUGGAAUAUGAGCCAGGACUUGAUGUAGUUGCCAUAGUGUCCUCUGUACUGGUCUUUCUGCUGCUGAGUGGGAUCGGAGCCGCUGCUGGUUUCAUUAUAUGGAAAAGGAGGCACACAGUAGGUUCCCAGACAUCCAGUGUAGCCUCCUAUACAGCUACUCCAAACACAGAGGCAGAAGAGACGCCCAAUGAAAACUCCUAAAGUUGCUGAAGUUUUCCCAGGUGCAGAGGUAGAACAGACCCCCACUGAAAACUCCUAAAGUUGUUUUUUAAUGUUUUCCCAGGGUGCUUGAUAUCCACUGAAAACUCCUAAAGUUGUUGAUGUUUUCCCAGGUGUGAGGGGAAAAUGAGAAAGAGGGACCUUAACCUUUGAUUUGAUACUUGUGUUUCUGUAUGAUUUCACACUUUUGAAUGGACUCUCCCAGGGGCGGAGUGGGGCACUAAAAUCCACCGGGAAAAUUCUGACGGCACCGGUCCCCCACCACCACCUCAGUGACCUCAUAGUUGGCUACAGGCCUGCUUAUCUGUGUUAAUGCACGGAUCUCAUUGUCAGUUUAAUUUAAAAACUAUAAAAUGUAAUUUUGAGGAAAUUACCAGUACAUGAAAAUGCAAAACAUAUACUGUAUAUAGUUUAGGUCAGGGGUGGCCAACCAGUCCAGCAUGAAGAGCCAACAAAUUUUUCAACACAACUCAAAAGAGCCGCACAACAAAAAAAGAUGCCCACACCGCAACAGCAACUUAGCCCUACACUUUAAAUCUUCUUCUUUUUCAUUUGAAAUGAAACACUUGGCAGAUGCUUCAAAUUAUCGUUUUCAGGAAUGAGUAGCAAGCAACAAAGAUAUUUGACACACAUCACAAAUUCCCCAUCACUGACUGACUUAUUAGCAUGAGAAAUGCUCUGAUGUAACAACUGAUAAGAUGCCAAUGUGACCGUCAAAUGUUCCGUCGAGUGUCUGCUUCUCUGACUGACGUCUAUCAUACCUUUACCUUGUACUUGCAAGGGUCAGUGCCUUUGGGAAAUGUUCAGGUUUGAAGCUUUUAUGCAUCAGUUAAGUCUGGCAUACCAAGUACCAAACUAACGUGUUUAACAGGUUUUUUACGGUUUUAUUUUGGUUAACCAGAAGGGUUAUGCUAGCCUACAAAAAAGAUUAAUCCGCCUUUUGAAUGUCCGUGUUCCUCUUUCUAUUUACUUUUAGCAUCAGGGUUUUCCUGAUUGCAACAGUAGCAUUACACCUGGCUAAAGAACCAGAACAAACGUUUCUGCUUCUUUAUGGGCUAGACUUCUAUCCAUAACAUGACAAUAAAAUUAUUUUAAUUUAAACAUUGCAGCCUAACUAUUGCCAGUACUAUCAACUUAUGAAAAGCAUUUUCAUUUACCAGAAAUAUAGGCUAUUUAAAAAAAAAAAAAACUAUAAAUCCAAGGAGAAAUGAGAACAUCAGUUGAGCAGCCGCGAGCCACACGAGAGGAGGCAAAGAGCCGCAUGUGGCUCGCGAGCCGCAGGUUGGCCACCCCUGGUUUAGGUGGUUCAAUUACUUGUCUCUCAAUGCUAAAGGGCAAUCAGUCAUAUACUUGGUUCACCGAUAUACAAUAUACAGUAUAAGACUAUGUAUUGUGCACGGUAUAGAGGAGUGACAUGUUUCAACUCUUUGUGUGUGCGUGUGCUGCUUUGUGACUUCUGUCUUCUUGGUGUUGAUACGUUUAAUUAAACUUGAGUGUCAUGUG